CCGCAGGGGCGCUGUUGGGACGGACCGGCCGGGUGCAGCGCCGUCAUGGCCGCCGGGCCCGCGGCGCCCCGCGUCCUCAACGUGAACGUGGGCGUCCUGGGCCACAUCGACAGCGGGAAGACGGCGCUGGCGCGGGCGCUGAGCACCACCGGCUCCACCGCCGCCUUCGACCGGGCGCCGCAGAGCCGGGCGCGGGGCAUCACGCUGGACCUGGGCUUCUCCUGCCUGCGCACCGCCCUCCCGCCGCAGCUGGGCCCGGGGCCCGGCGAGCUCCAGUUCACGCUGGUCGACUGCCCGGGGCACGCCUCCCUCAUCCGCACCAUCAUCGGCGGUGCCCAGAUUAUUGAUUUGAUGAUGCUUGUAAUAGAUGUGACAAAAGGGAUGCAGACGCAGUCAGCAGAGUGCUUGGUAAUUGGGCAAAUUGCCUGCCAGAAGAUGGUGGUAGUUCUGAACAAAAUAGAUCUCCUUCCAGAGGGGAAGAGACAAAGUGCCAUUGAGAAGAUGACUAAGAAAAUGCAGAAGACCUUGGAAAAUACUAAGUUCUGUGGGUGUCCUAUUGUUGCUGUUGCAGCAAAGCCUGGUGGACCAGAAGCCCCAGAGUCUGAGAAUCCGCUAGGUGUUUCUGAAUUAAUUGAGGUCCUGAAGUCUCAGGCUUACCUGCCAUCAAGAGACCCCUCGGGACACUUCCUUAUGGCAGUCGACCACUGUUUCUCUAUCAAGGGUCAAGGCACGGUGAUGACAGGGACUAUUCUUUCUGGGUCUGUUAGCCUUGGUGACAAUGUGGAGAUUCCUGCCCUGAAGGUGAUAAAGAAAGUCAAGUCCAUGCAGAUGUUCCACACUCCUGUGACUUACGCUAUGCAGGGUGACAGAGUGGGUAUCUGUGUAACCCAGUUUGAUCCCAAACUGCUAGAACGAGGCCUAAUUUGCACCCCAGAAUCACUUCACACCAUCCAUGCUGCAAUAAUUUCCCUGAAGAAAAUCCAGUAUUUUCGAGGAGCUCUUCAGACCAAGGCCAAGUUCCAUAUCACAGUUGGUCAUGAAACAGUUAUGGGAAGAGUGAUGUUUUUCAGUCCAGCCCCUGCUGACUUCAAUAAAGAAAUUAAAGAAAAUGUUUUUGACUUCGAAAAAGAUUAUCUUUAUCAAGAGGAAUAUUUGUCAAAGGACUCAAAUUCAGAGAACAAAGAAAAUGACCAGGCAGGAGAAGUUCAGCUCCCAAAACAACAGUGGGCUUUACUAGAGUUUGAAAAACCAGUCACUUGUCCUAAAUUGUGCCUUGUGAUCGGCUCCAAGCUGGAUACAGAUAUUCACGCAAAUACCUGCAGGUUGGCGUUCCAUGGGGUACUGCUCCAAGGCAUGGAAGACAAGAACUACAUGGAGACUUUCCUUCCAAAGCUGAAAGUGUACAAACUGAAGCACAAAGAAGGACAAGUGGAAAGGGUGAUGGAUGAUUACAGUGUGAUUGGUCGUUCAUUGUUUAAAAAGGAAACAAACAUCCAGAUUUUCGUGGGUCUAAAAGUCAAACUAUCUACAGGAGAAGAUGGAAUAAUAGAUGGUGGUUUUGGACAAAGUGGCAAAUUUAAAAUCCGAAUUCCAGAUGGGCUGAAGCCAGAUACCAAGAUGCUUCUUACUGUUGCCUCCAAGAAGAAAUCUAAGGCAGGGAAGGGGGAUACAGCCAAAGAGGAUGAAAGCAGCAAGAAUGAUUCAGCCCAACCUGUUACCAUCUCUCUUCUCUUUAAAAGAUAUGUCUUUGACACACAGAAGAAAAUGAUUCAAUCCUGAGAAAGCGAGAGAGGCCUCUGAUCGUACCUGAAAGACCAGACUCUGAAAUGAAUUCAGGUGGAAUGUGUUUCUUGUCUGAAUGCAUUAGACCUGUUCUUUCCUCACAAAUGGAGCCUGGAAGCUCCUGCUGACUAUGUGCCCCCUUCCAAAAUCUCUGCAAUCUGGUUUUGUUCCGUUAGAAUCUGCUUAUUUUGUCAUCUUUGCAAUGUGAAUCUUUACUGCCUCUUGGAGAAUGUCACCUGCCAGAUGAGCACGUUCAGGUGUGCGUUCUAAUAGCAAUGUUUUUCUGGAGAAUUGUUUUGAAGUUUCUGUUCAUUUAAAAGUUUGCCACCAAUAUUAAUCUAAAUCUAGUCAAGAUGUGAAUUUCAUGCGACCCACAAAGUGAAGCUGAUUUAGUCUAGGUUUACUUCCCCGAGCAAAGUGGGGGGACAGAAAGCACAUGAUUUAAUAGGUGAAACCUAAAAUGGAUGUUUCACAUUCCUUCAGCUGCAACUGUGUAAGAUGCUAUCUGAGAGAUGGUAGGGAUCUUUUUUUAUAAAUAUGAUUUAUAUUUAGAAAUGUUUUUCAUAUUAAACAUAAUGAUGCGUGUAACUGAGAGUCUUAAUUGUUCUGUCUGCUGUUCCAAAGGUUCAGAACCUAUCUUCAGUGACAUUUUAUAUAGCUUUUCUGAGUUUCCUGCCUGUUCUGUGGUGAAUCCUACUCCAGAAUUGUUUUCUUUUUUUGUAACCAAAAUGUCUUUUGUGUGUGAAAGAAAAAGUUGCCUCUGGAAGAAGUCGAGGGCUUUAUUUCAUUAAAAUAACGAUAGAAGAUUGCAGCAUAAGCCUUGUAAAAUGAGUAUCUCCAAGAUGCUUUAGAAACCAUUAGUUGUUUAAUAGGGAUUUCAUGGCUGCUUUAGUUCUUCUCAGUUUCAUGUCCUAGGCUCAUAAAAAGGAGAGCACUGGUAAUAUCCCUUCUUUGUUAUUUAUAAAGCAUAGGACACCUUAACAUGAAACCUAACAAUAAUUCCACAGGUACAAAAGCUGCAGUCUGGAACAGAAAUUGGACCCAGGCUUGGCAGCAUGGAAAAUGUUAGUUCCUGCCUUUUGAGCAAAAAGACUACUUCUUCUUGUUGAUGUUAAAUAGCAGCCUGUUGACCCAUUUGCUGAAGCCAGCCAUAGAAGAUGACCACAUGUAUAAUAUAAGUGCAUUAGUUGCACAUGGAAGUAAAUAACUGUAAUAGAUUGCUACGCUCAUUCUUAUUAAUCAUAUUAUUAUAAUUACAUUAUUAAUAACACUCAAAGCAUUAUUAAUCAAAUAUCCAUUGAUGGGCAUGAGUCCAUCAUGCUAACACGA